GGAAGUGACCCAGUACGCGCGCCCUACGUCACGUCACGCGAGACAGCAGCACUGUGGCCGACCGAGAAAAACAACAACAAGAGCCGUUUUCUUUAAUAAAAGCUCCAUGACAUCCAAUUAAGAAGAAAAGCAUGUCGUCAGUUGUCCUGUGGGCUCUUGUUGGUGCGUAAAGAUCAAGCAUGCACAAGAUGUUAAGGACGAAAUGGAUGACUUUGCAACUGGUGGGUCACCUGACAGACAUGAAGGAGAAGGUCUUGAAUCAGUUGAAACUCCAAAACGAUUAUCUACAGAAAACCAGUCCAGCAGCAACAAGAGGGCAAGGAUCUGUGGCCAGAUGCGCCAGCUUUCUGUAGAUGAGACCACACGACACGAACCUCUAUGUCUCACCACUGGAGAGAAACGAGGAUGUGUCCCAGAGCGGUCCAGAGUCUCCCACAGAAAACCUCUUUUUGGGAUUUCCCACCGGAUCUCGGACAAGAGGAACACCUCCAGUGUGGAGCAACAUGUGGGACAAGGCUCCGUAAACCUGCUCAACAGCAUCCUCUCAGCUAAACUCCAAGGAGCUGAUGAAAAUGGCCUGCUGGAUGAAGUCUCCUCCACAGAGUGUCAUACAGAAACUAAUAUUUAUCCGCUCAUUGAGAAAAUGUUUUUUAUUCUUAAUACCCUGAAUUCAAGUAUGACACAGCUACACAGUAAAGUGGACUUGUUAACUCUUGAAGUCAUGCGAAUAAAGAAACAGAUCAAACCUACUGAGAUGGUGAUGGAGUUUCAGCCUCCUCCAGAAUAUCUACUCACCAGUGAUGAGCUGAAGCAGUUGAUGGAGCAGACAUCUAAUGCUGGGGAGCUGGGCUGUAGGUUACUGGUGCAUCUCUUCCCAGAACUGUUCAAAGCUAAAGAGUGUGCGCAUGACUGCUUCGCCUCCAAGAGAAUACUCGAGUCUCUGCAUCUGCAGCUGAUCCGUAACUACGUGGAGGUAUGCUAUCCUUCAGUGAAGAGCAACAACAUCUGGCAAGAGGAAUGUCUGCUUCAGAUUAAUGACUUUUUUAAUCGUUUCUGGGCACACAGAGACAUGGAGAGUGCUCGACAGCUGAGAAAGCAGACAGUUACAGGUGCAGGGAUAAAGUCUGAGCAGCCCCAAACCUAUCGCUUCAUUAAUGAACAGGGUAUAGAAAUGGAAGAGCACUUGUCAUUAGAUAACCAGCAAAGCAGUCUCGCUGUGACAGAUCUGGCACUUAAUGCUCAAUCCACUGAGGAGCUGGAUGAGUGCUCCACUCCGGAGGAUUUUGUUAUUGUUCUCAUGCAUCGUUUGUUCCCAGAAUUCUUUGAAGAGGGAAAAAUGCCAGCUGGAUCCCGAAGUUUUAUAAGUGGGGGGCACCCACUACUAGACUCUGACAAGGUGGAAAUGAUCAGAAAGUAUAUGGAGGCAAAUUUCCCUGAUGUGCCUGAGGACAGCUGGCUGCAGGUGUGCAUUCAGCAUGUUGAGGAUGCACUUGAGGGUGCUCACAGUAAUGGAAAUGUAAGUGAAUCUGACAAUGUCACAGAUGAGAGCUUUGGUCUUGGUAAUCUUUCCGAAGAUGCCUCAAGUAUUGCUGUUUCUGGGGCAGGUGAUUGUGAGAGACCAAGUCGAAAGUCUAAAAAGUCCCUCCUUACACCAGUGGAUUUUGACAAUUUGGAAAUUCCUUUGCCCGAUUUUGCUGUUCCCCAGGAAUACCUGUUGACAAAGGAACAGCUAAAAAUCAAUUAUGAAUGUAGCUUGUCUAUUGGCAACUUUGCUUCUCGGCUUUUGGUGCUCAUGUUUCCUGAGCUUUUCACCCAUGAAAAUAUAAGGAAGCAAUACAACUGCAGUGGUUCACUUGGAAAGAAACAGUUGGACCCUAUUCGCAUAAACCUGAUCCGUCACUAUGUGCAGUUACUCUACCCACAGGCGAACAAUGAUCGAGUUUGGAUGUUGGAGUUUGUGGGAAAACUUGAUGAGAGGUGCAGAAGACGUGACACAGAGCAAAGGAGAUCAUACUUGCAACAGAGGAAAAUUUAUGGUCAUGAGACAGACCAAGAGUUUUUUUGUCACUUAAACCCGUUCAAUGCAGAUAAUGUCAGAGAGGAUUCAGAUAUUCCGUCAUUACCACCUGAGAAAAGUAGCAAAGACUUUUGUAAAAUACCGCUAGAUGAACUGACUGUGACAAGCCCAGACUUCCCGGUACCUUCCUUGUACCUGCUGUCGGACACUGAGGUGCGAGAAAUCGUCCAGCAGAGUCUGUCCGUUGGGAACUUUGCAGCUCGGCUGCUGGUGCGUCUCUUCCCUGAGCUCUUCACACAGGAGAACCUGCGUCUACAGUACAACCAUUCAGGAGCCUGCAACAAGAAGCAGCUGGACCCUGUGCGCCUCAGGCUGAUCCGUCAUUAUGUGGAGGCAGUGUACCCUGUGGAGAAGGUGGAGGAGGUGUGGCACUACGAGUGUGUGCCAAGCAUUGAUGAGCGCUGUCGCCGUCCAAAUCGGAAAAAGUGUGACAUUUUAAAGAAGGCCAAGAGGUCAAGCACUGUGUCCUAGUUUCAAAAGUUAUUUAGGCAGCAUUUUCUUGACAUAAACACUUGCACAAUAUCAUAUAAGCUGAAACACUAUGUGAAAUUUUUAGAAGCUGUUCUUUGUAGGGUGAGGCUAAGCUGUUACUUGUUUCCUUAAUAUUCUCAAGUCAUAUCUGUUGUCACUACAGCAGUAGGUGCUGUAGCUUAUACCUGUAUUCUUAUUGUCACUUAAAGAGUCUCUAUUUAUAUGCCAAAAUAGCUUAUUUAACAUACUUUAAUAAAUCUUGUAGCCUUAAACCAAUAACAUUAUUAACCAAUAGUGAUAAAUUACACAUUUGUUAUGUUUAGAAAUUAAUUAAGAUUUCCAGUUAUUGAUGUAGCAUUGUGCCACCACUGUUUUAAUAACAAUGUGCUUAUGUUAAGCCUUCUUAUAGAAGUUUAUAUUAAGAAAUUUUAACAUGACAACUGCUCAUGAUAAAACUAUUUCUAAUAAAAGCACUAUUGCAAAUCCUUGCCAUGAAAUUAUCUCGUAACAGUGAUUUCCUUAACACAAUGACUUCAAAAUCUUUAUUAGCACACGGUU